UAAUAUAUUUCAUUAUUCAUAGGCUUUUUAUGUGUAAUACUUUAAUGAAAGAGAAAAGCUCAAAAUGUUGCAAUACAUGCUCUCAAGCCUUGUCACAGUACGUCCCAUCGCUAUUUUUUUUACUACUCCACUACAUUUUAAGUCCUCUACAUGUUGAAACAGUAUAUUAUGUACUAUUACUGAAUUAAAGUGCCAGAGGUAGUUCAUUUGUUGGGGAUUACCUGUAUAACAGCUGCCAAACACCUUGCAGCUGAGGCUCUGUAUACAUGUGUCAGCAGUACAUGUGUUGAACAUGUUCCAAUUGGACUCAGUUUCCUCGGAAUCCUUUCAAAGUUUUCAAAAAGAUCUCCCAGGAGAUCUUCAUUAUACAUUUGAGCAUGCCCAGCCCAUCCAGGGCUCAGGGCUAGGUAGUGGUGAGUUGGACCAGGUGAAAAAUUUAAUGGGGACCACUGAUCUGUGAUCUAACAUGUCCUGGGCCGCAUGCAUGUAUCACCAUGCUUAUCGUAAAUGGACUGGUUCUUGUGUAGUGGUUUUCUACCCUACCUGAGUAUUCAAACUGGUUUAUAGAGCACUUACCCAUUUAUACAAGUGCUGAUUGGAGCUUUGUUCAAACUGUAUUUCUGAAAGAGAUCAGAAAUUUCUGGAAACUUCAAAUUCAAACAAAUUUUCUUCUUUUAUAUAAAUGUCCAUUUCUUUUGGCAUAAAAAACAAUUAUGAAAUGGUUGAUUAGAUUCUGUCAUGGUGUAGUGUAUUUGACCAUGGUUUCUGAGUUUGUUUGGACUUUUUCUUCCUUUGAAAUUAUGAGAUGUUGAUGUUUAGUUGUUGAGCCUCUGAGUUUUAGUUACUCAUGUUUCUAGGUUGUGGUUGUUGUUUGCUUUUGUGUCUGUUCCUUUUGUGUGUCCAGUCAGUGUUCCGUCUUCAGCAUCUCCUGUUGUCUCUCUAAAAUAUGUUUUAGAGAGAUGUUUUGUCUCCCCAGUCUGUCAGGUGUCUCCACGUCUGUUUAUCACCUGUUCUAGUGUCAUGCUAAUGUGUCUUUGUCUGAGUCUCAGUGUGCACAUUACUUCUUGUUUUAUGUUGACAGUCCUUCGUCUCGUGUUUUGUGUUCAGUUUUACUUCCCCUCUUGCUCGUUAAUUGACUCAGUUCACCUGCACCUUUAUUUCCCAGCUGUGUCUUAUUCCCUGAUUACCUCAUAUGUAUUUAAGCCCUACGUUUUCCUUAGUUCUUUGUUGUCUUCAGCUACCUGGAUUUGCUCCCUGAUCAGAAUAAAGGAGCCAUGACAUCCCAUCAUGCCUCUGGGAUGCUCAUUUUGCUCAGUGUAUUCCUGAUUUUAUAUACACCACAAUGCAAUGGAGGAAGUAUUCUUGUGGUUCUUUUAGAUGGCAGUCACUGGAUCAAUAUGAAAAUCUUGCUCAAAGAACUUCAUGCUAGGGGACACAAUCUGACUGUGAUCAGGCCCUCCACGAGCUGGUACAUCCCUGAAAAGUCUGAUCUAUACACAUCCAUUACAGUUGAAAUGGCUGUAAAUUUUGAGCAGUUAUUAUGUGUUCCUACAGGAGCAGAUAAAGGUGCAAAGAGAGGGAGGACCACUGACCACCUUCAAACUCACCAAGGGUUUAAUAUCUUUGCUUUGCACAUUCACUGUGGUAUGAUGCUAUCAAACAUAUUUUUGAUGAUCAAAAUAUGAUCAAGAGAUUCCGAGUAUGAUCUGGCUCUAGCUGAUCCAGCCUUGGCCCCAGGGCUUAUUCUAGCCAAAUAUCUCAAGCUUCCCUUAGUGCUCAACGUAUGCUGGAUCACCAGUGGAGAAGGCCGCUUUGUGUUAGCUCCCUCACCACUCUCUUAUAUCCCAGUGCCAGGAUACGGCUUAACAGACAAAAUGAAUUUCAUCCAGAGGAUCAAGAACAUUUUUUUUCCGCACCAUUUUAUUAUUUCAGCAGAAAUUUUUGGUGGAUCCAGUCUAUGACGCCAUGUGUGAGAAAUAUAUUGAAGGUGGAUGUGACAUCAUCUCACUUCUUCAGGAAGCAGACAUUUGGCUGUUCAGGUCAGAUUUUGUGUUUGAAUUCCCUCGCCCCACUAUGCCAAAUGUUGUCUAUAUAGGAGGAUUUCAGUGCAAACCAGCUCAGCCUCUGCCAGCAGAGCUGGAGGAGUUUGUUCAGAGCACCGGGCAACAUGGAGUGAUCAUCAUGACUCUGGGAACUCAUGUCAAUGCUUUGCCCAAAGAUGUUACAGAGGAAAUCGCCGGUGUCUUUGCCAAGAUGCCCCAGAAGAAACUGCGACUCCUUCACAAUGUCAGAUUACCUUGUGGGAGUAGUUGGACCAAACUCUAUUGGUAUUUCAAGUUUGAAAUCCCUGUUUGACCAGACAAACAUUUCAGAUGAGGUAAUAGAUGGCCUAAUCUAUUUGCAGUGUGAGAAUUUCCCUCACAUUUAUCCAAUACCAAGCCAAAUCACUGGAAAAAUUUUGGAUGGGUCCAUAAGAGCACAAAGUGCAUACUUUUUGAAGAAAAACAUCUUUCAGAUGUAUGAGAAAUUGAUUGGAGCCUGUCUGGAAAACGGCAGCCACUGGACCUUGUUUGUAAGUUGCACAGAUUUUGCACUCUCUCUAGUGCAUGAUACUUUUCAGUGUCCCUCAUUAGGAAGGCUCAAGGCCCAAGCCUACCAUAUCCAUCUUUUUACAAAACAGUUUUGUGACAUACCCAAGAGGACCAUAGUCUAUAUGAAUUCAUUUGGAGAGUCGGAGGUCAGAAAAAGUGCGGUGUUGAAAAACUGGAGCUCAUUUGCUUCAGCAAGAGGCUGCACUGGAGAGUGGACUUUGUCACAUGUGAGCCACCCACAUCAACAGGAUGGGAACUCAUGUGGAGUGCAUGUCAUAAUGUUUGCCCAAUCUCUCAUUGAGGGUAAAACACAUGUGGAGGAGUACAACACUGAAAUCCCAAAGCUCAGGUCCCGACUUUGCCACUACUUAUUUUCCUCAAUAGAUCGAACUAGGAAGUGCAGUCAGUGCUGGUGUGUGAUUGCAGCCAAAGACCGGGUGCAGUGCCAGAAAUGUGGUGCAUACAAGCACAUGCGUUGUUCAAAGUCUGUUUGUGGCAUCUGUAUCUUCUGUGAGAGGCCAUAAAGCCAAACUGCCCGCAAUGAUUCUUGACAGGCCUAAGAAGGCCAAAACUAAAGUAAUGGUGUUUAGUGUUCUGAGUGAAGAGGAGGCUGGGGAGCUAGCCCUCAGGUUUGCCAGAAGAUUGGCCUGCGAUGUCACAAGAGGCAUGGUCUGUAAAGGCAUCGACCAUUCAAGUGCUGAUAUGACAAAACAGACUCUUCGCAAAAUCCAACACAACCUAAAACAGGAACUGACUGAUUCCUCAACUUUUAGUUUGCUGACACACACCUUUGGCCCUGCUGCACUGGAUCCUGUCAUUUCUUUCCUGUGUGAAAAACUGGAUCUUGUCUCUUAAAUAAUGAAACCUUUUGUGACUUUUGUUUGUUCUGUAAAUCAGAAUCUUGAAAAUUGUUCACUGUUGUUUUAAGUUUGUAUUAAGUUAACUAUUUGGCAAAAAUGUUUGGCUCCUAAUCCAAACAGCAUAAUGACUGUUCUAACACAUAUCUUAAAAAUGCUACAAAGAAAGAAAAUUAUCACAUAUGUUUCAAUAUGAAUGUAAUUGUGUCACACUCGGUUUGUAGUAGCUUUCCUGUUUUAUUUUGUGAGUUUUGGUAUGUUUACACUGUUGUCAUUUUUAUUUCCCUUGUGUUCGUCUUCCCUUAUUAGUUUUACUGUAUUUAAUUAGUCUGAUUUAAUAACUUAUACACACUGGAAAGUAAAUAAUUAUAUAUGCUCCUCGUUUGGAUUAUUGUUUGAGUUCUGCCUGUCUUUUCUAUUAAAGAUUUGGACUUUUGGACCUCGUAGGUUUUUAUUCUGUGCAAUUGGUAAUUGACUGGGUUUAAUUUAGUGGCCUGGAAAACAGGCCCCAGGGAUCUGGUCAUUUUAACUCCC